GGAGGCAAGGGAGUGUCACGAGUGUCAUGGUGGAGCCUGGGGGACCCGGAUGCCAGUGGAUGGAUGAAUUGCCCCGCCCUCAUAAGCAAGUGUGGAGAGAAACAUCGCGGGUUCAUUUGGUUAUUCAUUCUCUCCUUUAACAAAGACUGGACUGGCCACUAGCCAGGAAGCCAGGGGUAUUUCCUCAAUGCGAGAAGAGGCACUUGAAACUUGGGCUGGGACAGAAAGUCUGCAUUCCUGGCGUCUCUGUUACCUGCACCGAGGACAACCUCUUACCUCUCUGGAUUUCACUUUCCGCACCUAACGAGGGGUUAGCCACGAUGCGUCUCUGUCUCUUCCUGUGCCUGGUGCUCCUCGGGCCGCGGAUGGCCACCCUCCGGCGCUCCCAAAAGAAGAAAAUCCAGGAGGUGCCGCCAGCGGUUACCACGGCGCCGCCAGGCAGCAGGGACUUUGUCUUCGACCUCUACAGGGCCUUGGCCGCAGCUGCCCCCAAUCAGAACAUCUUCUUCUCCCCUCUGAGCAUCACCGUGAGCCUGGCCAUGCUCUCCCUGGGUGCUCAAUCCAACACGAAAGCGCAGAUCCUGGAAGGCCUGGGCAUUGGCCCGGGGGAAGGCUCGGAGGAGGAGCUCCACAGCGCCUCCCAGAGGCUGCUGCGCGAGCUCCAGCAGCCCCGAGACAGCCUCCAGCUGAGCCUGGGCAGCGCCCUGUUCACCAAGCCCAGGUUGCCCAUCCAGGAGGCCUUCCUGGGUGCCAUGAGGACUCUGUACCUGGCAGACACUUUCCCCACGGACUUUGAGGACCCCGAAGGGGCCAAGAAGAAGAUCAACGAUUACGUGGCAAAGCAAACGAAAGGCAAGAUUGUGGACUUGAUGAAGAGCCUGGAUGGCACUGAGGUCAUGGUCAUGGUGAAUUACAUUUUCUUUAAAGCUAAGUGGGAGACAAGCUUCAACCUCAAAAGUACCCACGAGCAGGACUUCUACGUGACCCCGGAGACGGUGGUGCGGGUCCCCAUGAUGAAACAACAGGACCAGUUUUACUACCUCCUGGACCGAAACCUCUCCUGCAAGGUGGUGGGGGUCCCCUACCAAGGGAACGCCACUGCCUUCUUCAUUCUCCCCCGCGAGGGGGAAAUGGAGCAGGUGGAAAAUGGCCUGAAGGAAAAAACACUGAAGAAGUGGCUCAGGAUGCCCAUGAAGAGGCGGCUUGAGCUUUAUCUUCCGAAGUUCUCUAUCGAGGGCUCCUAUCAGCUGGAGAAAGUCCUCCCCAAGCUGGGGAUCAGAGACGUCUUCACCUCCGACGCCGACCUGACCGGCAUCUCCAACCACUCCAGCAUCCGGGUCUCUGAGAUGGUGCACAAAGCUGUGGUGGAGGUGGAUGAGUCUGGAACCCAAGCGGCUGCAGCCACGGGGAUGGUCAUCACGUUCAAAUCUGCCCGAUUGGGCUCUCAAAGAAUAGUCUUCAACAGGCCCUUUCUAGUGCUCAUUGUGAAGAACAGCAAACACAUCCUUUUCUUAGGCAAAGUGACUCGCCCUUGAGAUGAGGAUUUCUCAAGGGGCCUCCAUAGUGGAAGAUGAGUGUGCACGAUGGCUGUCUAUCUGCUGGGAGCUGCUGAUUUACACAGGUUUGGUUGACUAAUGAGACUCCCACAAAUCAUAAUAUUAAGAAUAUCAUUAAAACACUGAUGACUGCUUCUUUUCACAUGAAUGCAAGACAUGGGUGCCUUGGAGAACAUUUGGUUUUGCCCUUGCCUUUCAUCAGUGGAGAUUAGCCCUGAGGCCCAGAGAGGUUGGUUGACUUGCCCAAGGCCACACAGCAUGUUAGUGGCAGAGAGAAGCCCAGAAUCUAAGCACCUGUUACCCAGCCCAACACCACCAAUUUCUGUAGGAGCAUUGUUCCAGUAGAUAUUUCCAACAGAAAGUGUAUCCCUAAGCCUAGCUUCCCACCUUUUGGCAGUACCAGCUAUCAGUUUAUCAUGGUUUGGAAAAAAAAUGCUGGGAUGGGAGUAUGAAACUGGGCUUCUGUCCCAGCUGUGUGACUUUGGGUAAUACUAUCCCUCUCUGGACUUCAGUUUCCCCAUGUCAGGUGAGGGACUGAAGAAUCCUUGAAAUCAUAUAAAAAGGCUAGAAUGUUCCCCACCAAUCACUGUUGAUUUCAAUGCAUUUAAGUGCCACUCAUCUUUUAAGAAAAGCAGGUGGACAGCUGGGUAGACAUGGACAACCUGGGAUUGUACUGUCCUGUGGGUUAAGUUACAACCUCGUGGGCUUGGCUAGGUGUGGAAGAAUGGAGGCCUGACGCAAAUACUAGAGUGUCAUUUGAAGACCCUAAUGACUAACCGUGGAUUUUAGUGUCAGCAAUAACAAUAAAGCAUUUUGAAAACA